AUGUUUUUCUUCUAUCUGAAGAGCCUGGUCCUGCUUCUGGUAUCUGGGAUCGUGUACGGCAAUAUCAGUAGCUGGAUUAGAUGGAGGCGGUUGAGGCAAUGGGGAAAGCAGUAUGGAUGUGGUGAGGCGCCAAAGCAGCUGAACAAGCUGCCUUGGGGAGUCGAGAAAGUUUGGUUCAUGAUCAACAAUAUAAAGGGUCUGGAUUUCCUGGAAUACAUACGUGGGCGCUACGUUAAUAUGCAAUGUUAUACCUAUCGCAUACACGGCCUCUUUUUCAACUCCAUGGUCACAACCUCGGACCCCGAAAACAUCCAAGCUAUCCUCGCCACCAAGUUCCCAGACUACGACCUGGGACCCGCGCGCAACGAUGCUUUUUACGAGCUCCUCGGCAAUGGCAUUUUCACAGCCGAAGGCAAGUCAUGGUCGCAUUUCCGCCAACAGCUCAGACCCCAGUUCACCCGCGACCAAGUGAGCGACCUCGAGGCGGCCGAGCAUCACCUCAACGUCCUCUUCAAAGCCCUGCCCGAAGAGAACGCAUCGGGCUGGGUCGAAAACGCCGAUUGGCUUCCCCUCCUCUACCGCUUCACCCUCGACACCAGCACCGAGUUCCUCUUCGGGCGGUCGGUCAACUCUCAAUCCACCGCCCUGCACGCCUCGGACUCGGGCUACUCAGCCGAAGAACAGGAGAACCUCGCGUUCGCGAAAGCCAUGACCGACGCCCAGGAAUAUGUGGUUUCGCGCCUGCACUUCCGCAUCAUGGCCUACUUUCCCAUGUCCAAGGCGUACAAGAAGUCCUGCGCUACUGUGAAGGCGAUGGCGGAUCGCUUCGUGAAGCGCGCGGUGGAGUCGAGCCACGAGCGCAAGGAGGAGCCGAUCGAUGGCGAGAAGCGGAAAUUCGUGCUGCUGGAUGCCCUGGUGGCCGAGACGAAAGAUCCGAUCGAGCUGAGGGAUCAGACGCUGCACAUCCUGCUCGCGGGCCGCGAUACCACCUCCUCGCUCCUCGGAUGGACGAUCCUCCUCCUCGCCCGCCACCCCGAAGCCUUCCAGAAGCUGAGACGGGCCGUGAUGGAGCAGUUCGGCUCCGAGACGCGACCGACUACGCGGGAGCUUAACUUCGCCAGCUUGAAGGCCUGCAAGGAAAUGACGCACGUCCUGUACGAGACGCUCCGCCUGUACCCCAUCGUUCCCAUCAACGGCCGCCUGGCAACGAGAAACACGGUGCUGCCCACGGGCGGCGGCCCGGAUAGGAAGCAGCCGAUCGCCAUCCGAAAGGGGGAGCCGGUAGGGUACUCGGCGUAUGUGAUGCACCGCCGCCGAGACCUCUGGGGCGAGGAUGCCGACGACUUCAAGCCGGAUAGGUGGGAGGGCAGAAAGCUAGGCUGGGAGUUUGUGGGCUUCAGUGGAGGGCCGAGAGUGUGUAUUGGUCAACAAUACGCGUUGAACGAGGCCAGCUUCUUCAUGGUGAGGGUGCUGCAGAGGUACGACGUGAUCGAGGCCUUGGACAUGACGGGUCCGCUGAAGAAGGGCCUGACGAUUACGUUGCAGCCCGGGGAUGGAGUCAAGGUCAGGAUGCAUAGGGCGAGCUCUUGA